CGAAAGUGCCACAUUGACUGUUGAAUUUAAAAAGGUUUUGUUGUUAUUGGAUCAAAACAAAAAUAAAAGAAAUAUUUAAGAAAUAAAAUGAAGUAGUUUCAUAAUGAUUUACUAGAAUUCAUAAAAGACCAAAAAAUCAACAAUGUGGGUGGAGGAUUGUCGCUGGCAUUAUGAUUACGUUCGUUUAGCUUGGGAUUCAGGAUUCUCAUUUGAUAAACAGAAACAACCAAAUCCUGAUAAGAAUAAGAUAUGUCUCAUAGACAUAGACAGAGUUGUUAAAGAAAGAGAUGUAGCUACUGUUGAACAGUUUUUAUCCAUCGUGAUAGGAUAUGUAUUGGAUAACGAACAAGCUGAAAUAUUAGACACUAACUUUGUAAAAGUAUUUCGCAUGAGUCAACUGGCAAGUAGAGUACUUACUAUUCUGCAAGAGAUAUUUAGAUAACACAGUGGUUUUGUUAAGAAAGAUGUGGUAAAAGCUAAAGAGCAUAGAUCGACGACUUCCCCUAGAGGAUAAGAAGGGCAAAGUUCAUGAAAAGUUGAAAGAUUUGGUUCGGAUGAAGUUUGAAGAUAUUGGAAUUUCACUUGAUUGGCAAGGCAUUCCAAACAAGUCCUUUGAGAGGGGAUUGGAAAUAAUCAAACACCAAGCAAAUAUGGAUAAAAAGAGAUAUGACAACUACUCAUCAGUCAGAAAAUCUAUUGAAAAAACACUAAAUGUCGGAGGGUGCAAAGAAAAAUUAAAAAAGAAGAAGAAAAUAAGAACACCACUUACAGAUACUCAGAAAAAGUUAUCAACUCUCAUGAGAAUUCGUAGUAGGAAAAAGCCAAGAGAACAACCCCCCGAACCCAAGCCAAUAAAAACAAUAAAACACAAAGAACUCUUCCAAACCGACAGCGAAUCUGACCAUCCGGAAAUCUGCGAAAGCACAAAAAUCAAUCAGUUGCUUCCUUCAAAAACAACCCUGGAGCUGUUACAAAAUACAGACUCCGAAUUGCAAUCCAUAACUUCUUUGGAUGAUAAACCAGGUCCAAUUCGACCAGCAAGUAGCACAGCUGGUGUUGUGGCGAAGAAAAAAGUUGCGUUUAACGUGACUCCUAGUGAUACAGGAAGUGCACAACCUGCAGGAAAGCAUGAGAAAAGUAGUAGUUUGUCAGAUUUUGAUCUCAGCCUUGUGUGAAGUGUAUGGAUAAACAUCAGAUGAUUUCUUGCUUGCGCUCUGUUGCUGAGAAAAAUGGAGACUUUUAUAUUUUUAAUGUUGUAACAAUGCACACAAAAGAGUAUCAGUAUAUGCAAUAUUCAGUUAUUAUGUUUUAACUUAUGUAUCUAUUUAUUUAUAAAGACAUAUCUAUGAACCUCAG